AAAAUAAAAUACAAAAAUACAAAAAAAGAAAUCGGGUCGUGCUGGCUCUGUCCUUCUCUCUCUCUCUCUCUCUCUCUCCCAAAGUCUUAGCUCAGCUUCGAUGGCCUAAUUUCCUACUAGCCCUAUUAUCGUGGAAAUUAUUGAAUUCAAAUUUUUCUUUUUUCCCUUUUCUGUAUUUUUUUUUUUUGAAUUCGGUCGGUGGAUCUAUCUAUCAGUUUUGUUGAUAUUCCAAGCAAAGCAACCUUUUGAGUUUCAGAGCCACCACCUGCUUUUUUUCUGCUUUUUGUUUUUGUUUUUUUUUUUUUUUGUAUUUCUUUUCCGGCGAACUGUCAUCGGAUCCGAUCUGUUAUGGCUUCGGCGAGGUCAAGAACGCCGGUGAAAGAGAAUGGCACGAAGUUCGAGGAGGGUCUCAAUAUUUUCAAGUCUGAUAAAUUCGAUGCUCAGUCUUACGUUCAGUCCCGGUGCUCUCUUAACGAGAAGGAAAUAAAACAGUUAUGUUCUCAUCUGUUGGAUUUGAAGAAAGCCUCUGCUGAGGAGAUGCGUAGAAGCGUUUAUGCUAAUUAUGCAGCCUUCAUACGCACAUCUAAAGAGAUAUCAGAUUUAGAGGGGGAACUUUCUUCCAUCAGAAACCUGCUUUCUACUCAAGCUGCUUUAAUUCAUGGUCUAGCUGAGGGAGUUCACAUUGAUUCUUUAUCUCAAUCUGUUUCUGAAGGUUCAACUGCCUCGUCAACUUCUGAAGAUAAAGAACCUUCUGACUUGGAGAAAUGGUUAGUUGAAUUCCCUGAUCUUGUGGAUGUGUUGUUAGCUGAGAGGAGAGUGGAUGAAGCAUUGGCUGCCCUUGAUGAAGGAGAGCAUGUAGCUUCAGAAGCAAGAGACACAUUGAAUCCAACUCUGCUACUUUCUCUGCAGACAUCUAUUGUUGAACGCAGGCAAAAAUUGGCGGAUCAGCUUGCUGAAGCUGCUUGCCAGCCUUCUACCCGUGGUAGUGAACUUCGUGCAGCUAUCUCAGCUCUUAAAAGGCUUGGGGAUGGACCUCGUGCACAUAGUUUGCUAUUAAAUGCUCAUUUCCAGAGAUAUCAGUACAGUAUGCAAAGCCUCCGUCCUUCAAGCACCUCAUAUGGAGGAGCAUAUACAGCUGCACUCUCACAACUUGUCUUCUCAGCUAUUUCUCAAGCUGCUAGUGAUUCCUUGGCUAUAUUUGGUAAGGAACAGUCUUAUGCUUCUGAGCUCGUAAUGUGGGCCACAAAGCAAACAGAGGCAUUUGCCUUUCUUGUCAAAAGACACGCCUUAGCUUCAUCUGCAGCUGCUGGAGGUUUAAGAGCUGCUGCAGAGUGUGUUCAAAUAGCAUUAGGUCAUUGUUCCUUGUUAGAAGCUCGUGGUUUGGCACUUUGUCCUGUGCUCUUGAAACUCUUUAGGCCUAGUGUUGAACAAGCAUUAGAGGCUAAUUUAAAACGGAUUGAAGAGAGCACUGCUGCAUUAGCUGCGGCUGAUGAUUGGAUACUUACAUACUCCCCUGCAACAACACGUCAAUCUGGCCGACUUUCAACAACAUCUGUUGGUGGUACAACUGCAUUCCAACAUAAACUUACAAGUAGUGCCCACCGAUUCAAUUUGAUGGUCCAGGAUUUUUUCGAGGAUGUAGGACCACUGCUAAGUAUGCAGUUGGGAGGUCAGACAUUGGAAGGUUUAUUUCAAGUGUUUAACUCAUAUGUGAGCAUGCUUAUAAAAGCAUUACCUGGUUCAAUGGAGGAAGAAGCAAAUUUUGAAGGUUCUGGAAAUAAAAUUGUCAGAAUGGCUGAGACAGAAGCUCAGCAGAUUGCAUUGCUGGCAAAUGCUUCAUUGUUAGCCGAUGAAUUACUUCCCCGUGCAGCCAUGAAACUGUCUCCACUGAAUCAUUCCAGUUACAAUGAUGAUCUUCGUAGAAAACCCGAGAGGCAAAACCGUCAUCCUGAACAAAGAGAAUGGAAGAGGCGGCUAGUGAGUUCUGUAGAUAGAUUGAAAGAUACUUUUUGUCGUCAGCAUGCUCUAGAUCUCAUAUUUACAGAGGAAGGUGAUAGCCACCUUACUGCAGAUAUGUACAUAAACAUGGAUGGAAACGCCGACGAGCUCGAUUGGUCCCCAUCGCUUAUAUUUCAGGAACUUUUCAUAAAACUGAACAGAAUGGCUACCCUAGCAGCAGAUAUGUUUGUAGGCAGGGAAAGAUUUGCUACAUUGCUGUUGAUGAGACUAACCGAAACAGUCAUCCUGUGGCUAUCGGAUGACCAAAGCUUUUGGGAUGAUAUUGAGGAGGGACCAAGGCCUUUAGGUCCUCUUGGCUUACAACAGUUUUAUUUGGAUAUGAAGUUUGUCAUAUGCUUUGCUUCUCAAGGCCGUUAUUUAUCUCGUAUCUUGCAUCGAGUUGUUAAUGAGAUCAUAUCAAAAGCCAUGGCAGCAUUUGCCACUACGGGGAUGGAUCCCAAUAGUGUGCUUCCGGAAGAUGACUGGUUUAACGAGGUGUGCCAAGAAGCAAUGGAGAGACUGAGUGGAAAACCAAAAGGCAUUAAUGGAGAGCGGGAUCUUAGCAGCCCAACUGCCUCUGUUUCGGCACAAUCUAUCUCAUCUAUUAGAUCCCAUGGGAGUUCAUAAGGCAUUGUAGCUUCUUCCUUGUAAAUUAAAUGGAAAAAAGAAAUCACCAUGGACUUGCUGGCAGAUCAUUGUAUUCAUAGUAAUGUUCCCCACUCUUAACCUCUACCUUUUUUUUUUUUUUCUUUUUUUUUUUUUCUUUUUUUUUUUUCAUAUUCCUCUUUUUCUUUCUUCUUUCCCCCUCCUGAGGUGUUUUUGAACAACGUUGAAUUGCAGUGUUGAGGUUAGGAAUUCUUUUUAUGUGAGCGAGCGAUUGAGUUUGUAUAUGUUGACCGCAUUAUUUGAUCCUGAAUCGAAGUUUGUAUAAUUCUUUCAA